UCUCUCAUCAAAAUGAACCCGGUUCAACAACACCAACACGCCAUGUUCGGUCCACCCGAAACACCAAGAGAACCAAUGGAGUUCUUAUCCCGUUCAUGGAGUCUAUCAGCUCUAGAAGUUUCCAAAUCUCUAUCAUCAUCAUCAACUCAACUCCUAGUCAAAGCCAUGACCGAUGCCGGAGCUAUGAUCGGAAAUUCAUCUCAUUCCAUCCCUGAAGAAGACAUCACCGGAGAAACAGAAGAAACCCUAUCCGUUUCUGCAAACCCUUUCUCUUUCGCCUCCUCAGAAACUUGCCAACUAGUUAUGGAACGCAUAAUGUCAUCACAAUCUCAGGAUGUUUCUUCACCUCGUACUUCCGGUAGACUUUCUCAUAGUAGUGGACCUUUGAACGGCUCUUUAACGGAUAGUCCUCCUGUUUCUCCGCCGGAGUUAGUCGACGAUAAUAAGUUCUGUCGUCUCAACAACCAGGUGAAUAACAACUACAGAUUUGCUCCGGCGCCGGCCACCGGCGCCGUCGCCGUCGUCGGAGGUGGGAAGACGGUGGGAAGAUGGCUUAAGGAUAGGAGAGAGAAGAAGAAGGAAGAGACUAGGGCACAGAAUGCGCAACUUCACGCGGCUAUUUCUGUUGCAGGAUUGGCUGCUGCAGUUGCUGCGAUCGCAGCUGCUACAGCGGCUUCAUCUGGGUCUGGAAAGGAUGAGUUAAUGGCGAAGACUGAUAUGGCUAUGGCUAUGGCUUCUGCUGCUACGUUAGUCGCAGCUCAAUGUGUUGAAUCUGCGGAAGCCAUGGGAGCAGAACGUGAACAUCUUACUUCUGUUAUUAUCUCUGCUGUUAAUGUUCGAUCUGCUGGUGAUAUCAUGACUUUAACUGCUGCUGCUGCAACAGCAUUGCGUGGGGCGGCUACAUUGAAGGCUAGAGCUUUGAAGGAAGUUCGUAGUAUAACUACUUCUGCUAUUCCAAUUGACAAAGCACGGGGAGGAAGAAGAAGUGGGGGUGUUGGUGAUGAAAAUGGGAGUAAUGGGAGUUCUAAUGGGAGUUUCAGUGGUGAAUUGUUAACACCUGAAGAGAAUUUUCUUGGCAUUUGUAGUAGAGAAAUGCUAGCUAGAGGUUCAGAGCUUCUUAAACGAACCCGCCAAGGUGAUCUUCAUUGGAAGAUAGUCUCUGUUUACAUCAAUAAACUUGGUCAGGUUAUUCUGAAGAUGAAGAGCAGAAUUGUUGCUGGGACCAUGACCAAAAAGAAAAAGAAUGUGGUGUUAGAAGUGAUGAAAGAUAUUCCUGCCUGGCCCGGUCGCCACUUACUCGAAGGAGGUGAUGAUCGACAUUAUUUCGCACUAAGGACUGUUGCUAGAGGAGUUGUGGAAUUCGAGUGUAGAAACCAAAGGGAAUACGAGGUUUGGACUCAAGGUGUGUCGAGGCUUCUAGCAAUUGCAGCUGAAAAAAAGACUAAUUCGCGAAAAAGUUGAGUUGGGUGAGUUUGUUUCUUUCUUGGAUUAGUGGUGUAAUGACUUACUAUUAUUGUAAAAAAAAAAUGUUGGUGGGAAAUUUGAUGGAGGGACCUAGAUGGUUGGCUUUUUGUGUAUGUGUAAAAACUGUUAAAGUGGGAAUUUGUAUGAAAGAAUUUAAGAAAAAGGAAGGAAAGCCAUGUGAUUGAUCUAUAUUAGUCUUAUAAUUGUUUAGUGUGAAAGAGAAGGGUAGGGUUAUAUCCAUGGAUUUGGGGCAGUCAAAGAGAGUGAGAGUUCAAUAAAGCUAAAAGAGACAUAUCUCCUGGGAUUGUGUGUACUUUAGUGAAGAGAAUGUCUUUCCUUAUUUUAAUUGUCAUUUUGAAACCAGUCAAGUUUUCUUAUUGGGUGAUUAUGGUUUGUCUUUA